AAGAGCAAAGUUUGUAUGUUUGGGAGCCUCUCGCAUUCAACUCACAUUCGUCCUCGAGUUCGUGUGGAAGCCAUUCAGAGCGGAGGUGGCCAGGAGCGUGGCAUUCGAAGUGGAACCGUUCCGACUCCACUGGUCGUUGGAUUGGGGGAAGCCUGUGAAAUCGCUAGCCGUGAAAUGGAGUACGAUCACAAAUGGAUGGAGUUCCUCUCGAAACGCCUGAUGGACCAAAUCUUCGCAUCGCUACCGAAAGUCAUCCGCAAUGGCGAUCCAGUUCAUUCUUAUCCCGGAUGUAUCAAUCUGUCGUUUGCAUACGUUGAGGGUGAAUCGCUGUUGAUGGCGCUGAAAGACGUUGCCCUCUCGAGUGGGUCGGCUUGCACUUCGGCUUCGCUGGAACCGUCGUAUGUGCUGCGUGCGAUUGGUGCCGACGAAGAUCUGGCUCACAGCUCGAUUCGCUUUGGCAUCGGACGGUUUACCACCAUCGAGGAAAUCGACUACAUAGCUGAAAAGUGCAUCAAGCACGUGACUCGACUCCGAGAGAUGUCCCCGCUGUGGGAGAUGGUCCAGGAAGGUAUCGACAUCAAGUCGAUCCAGUGGUCGCAGCAUUAGAGCGGACGGGUCGGGGCAUAUUUUAAAGAGAGAUUUGAUUUUGUAUGUUCUGCUGUGUAUGGUUGAAUUCAGUGAGGGUUUUUUUUUUAAUUGUUAAUCAUUGAUUGUGUUAUUAACACAUCCACUUUUGGUAGUAAGUAGGUAUUGAGACGAGAGAAAAAUAAUGUAUAGCUUUGCUACAUAUGCUAUUAGAGACAGCAAUAAAUCUUAGACAG